AUGACCAUGACCAUGACCAUGACCAUGACCGUGAUCGAGACCGAGCAAAGAUAUCACCGACCUGUUCGGGAAGAUCAUCGCUGUCAUGAUCCAUCCAAUCUGUAUAAUCAGCAAGGCCUCUCCUUCUGCCCACCGCCACACCAAGCCCUUGGCAAGGGCAAAAGUACCCGGCACGGGUAG